AUGGAAAACGAAUCCAAAUGGAAACGGCCUACUGAUGUCACGGCAUCUGCAGAUUUAUCCAUGUGUUCAUCGAAACGUCUUCGUGAUUUUGUUACUAUUCAUUUUCUGUCAUUAAUAUAUUCUUUCUCUGGUUUUUUUUCUGUUUCUUUCUUUCUUUCUGUUUGUCAUUAUUUUCCUUCUGGCUUUUCAUUUUGUUUUUUUGUUUUUUUAUUCUUUCAAUAUGUUUCCUUUUCUUUCUUUCUGAUUCUAUUUCUUUUUUUAAUAUAUUUCUUUCUGGUUCUGUUUCUUUUUGGUCCUCUUUCUUUCUCUUUCUUUUGUUUCUUUUUCUUUCCGUUUCUCUUUCUUACUGUCCCUUAUUAUUCACUUCUGUUUCUUUUUCUUCUGAUUAUUUUUCUUCUCUUCUGUUCUUUUCUUCUCUUGUUUUUUCUGAUUCUUAAUUCCUGUUUAUUUUCCUUCUUUUCUUUUUCUUCCUUUAUGUUGCUACUACUUUCUUUCUGUUUCUUUUUCUUUCUGUUUCUUUUUCUUUCUGUUUCUUUUUCUUUUUGUUUCUUUUACUUUCUGUUUCUUUUUCUUUUUGUUUCUUUUUCUUUCUGUUUCUUUUUCUUUUUGUUUCUUUUACUUUCUGUUUCUUUUUCUUCUUUUUUUUUUUUUGUUUCUUUUUUACUUUCUGUUUCUUUUUUCUUUUGUUUCUUUUUCUUUCUGUUUCUUUUUCUUUUUGUUUCUUUUUCUUUCUGUUUCUUUUUGUUUCUUUUACUUUCUGUUUCUUUUUCUUUCUGUUUCUUUUUAUUUCUGUUUCUUUUUCUUUCUGUUUCUUUUUCUUUCUGUUUCUUUUUCGUUUUGUUUCUUUUACUUUCUGUUUCUUUUUCUUUUUGUUUCUUUUUCGUUUCUGUUUCUUUUUCUUUUUGUUUCUUUUUCUUUCUGUUUCUUUUUCUUUUUGUUUCUUUUUCUUUUUAUUGUAGGUCACUUAUUUAUUUUUCUUUCUUUCUCUUUCUUGAUAUUUGGAUUGUUACAUUGUUCCUUCAUUUCAUUCGGAUAUCCUUGUCUCAAAAAUAUCUUUGUUCUCCUCUUUCUUUGUGUCCUUUUCAUUUUCUCCUCUCUCUUAUAUUCUACAUAUAUUAA